CCCGUAUCAUGUAUAAAUUCCGAACACGUUUUCUUUCGCGUUCUCCUUCGCUUGUCUGAAUCGCUUGACACCAAGUACUGAAAAACAGCAGAAAUAUCACCACAAAUUCAACAAUCAUGGAUAAAUUUCGGGGGAGAAUUUUGCCUGAUUCGGUCGCGCAAAAGCUCGAAAGCCUGUGUGCUAUGGGUCAACUGGAUUUGGCAGAGCUGGACGAGAGAGCUUUCGACGCUCUGAAAGAACUCAACGAAGACGGAGCUCUUAGCGUGCUAGAACAAUUCGCAGGCAGCGACUUAUCUCACGUACAAAACAAGAGUGCUUUUCUCUGUGGCAUCAUGAAAACACAUCGCGAGAAACGACGACAAGAACAGAUGGGUUCCCAGCAGAAUACCGAACAAAACGAUCAGAUCCCCGCACAACAAGAUGUCCAAGGUGCACCGAAUGAAGAAAAGAUACGUGAACUACUCGAUAGAACUGGAUAUAGUUUGGAUAUAACCAUGGGACAGAGGAAGUAUGGCGGUCCACCUCCUGGUUGGGAAGGCUGUCCACCACCGACAGGACCAUCGGUAAGAUUUCUUAAAGGAUUUCAUUUUAUAUUUUCAAGGUUUGAAAAUGCCGAGUAAAAUUUGCCGCGUGAUGCAUUUUAUAUAUUAAUGCAUCGUCAUAGUUUCUGACCCCAUGUGCUUUUUGCUUGAUGUUAAGCGGUUCAGUGAGGGUAUUUUCUAUUAGGAAUAUUGUGAUCUAGAUUAAAUAAGGAAAGAUUAAAUCAAAAUUUUAGAAAAUAUGAGCAUUUUAUCCCUGAUUAUAAGUUCAGAUAUGUUCGUGGUCGCUGAGCUUCAUGCAUAAGUGGAGUGAUACCUUUGUCAAGAGUUCCGCUUUGCAUGUCAGCUAUGGAAGGGGGGGAGGGGGCUAGCAAAGAAUUUAUAUUUCUCUUACAUUUAGCCAUUUUUAUCCAGUGUGAAGUAGAAUUAUUGUUCCAGCAGGAAUUUACUCUGUUAGGGAGAGGGAGUGUUGAUUUUUUUCUGACCUAAUUGAAAGACCUCUCGUUUCUAACCUGAAGUCUUCUCCAUGCAGGGUUGCUGUCAGGUUUUUGUUGGCAAAGUCCCCCGUGACAUGUAUGAAGAUGAGCUGGUUCCUCCAUUUGAAAAGUAUGGUCGAAUUUACGACUUUCGUCUCAUGAUGGACCCGCACACUGGACAAAACAAAGGCUACGCUUUCUGUACUUUUGCAGAUCGCGAUUCAGCCCAAAGCGCGUGCAAAGGAUUGGACAACACCGAGAUCCGAAAGAACCGUCGUCUUGGUGUCUGCAUCUCCAUUGCCAAUGACAGACUGUUUGUUGGUUCCAUCCCAAAGACGAAGACCAAACAAGACAUCUUGGAUGAGUUCCGUCAGCAUACAGACAACCUCAAAGACGUGAUCGUGUACAUGUCUGCUGAAGAUAAGAACAAGAAUCGUGGUUUUGCAUUCCUCGAGUAUGAAACCCACAAAGCUGCUGCCCUUGCAAGACGUAGAUUGAUGAGUGGUCGAGUGAAAGUUUGGGGAAACAUCGUUCCAUCUGUUGAUUGGGCUGAUCCUCUUGAGGAACCCGAUUCAGAAACAAUGGCUAAGGUAAAUAUAAUUUUGUUAAAAUAAUGAGGGAAAUAAUUAUUGUAGGCUUUUACUAGCUUGGAUGAAAAAAGUACAGAAUAGCUUUGUUUUGAGAAUUUAAAAAAUUGUUUUGCUGUUGGUAUAUUGAUAUUUUUAAGAAGAUCAAUAUACCAACAGCCUUGAAAUUCUAUCAUGUAAAUGACAAAAAAUGUUGAGCUACUUCCAAGGAUUUUGUUGCACAGUGUGAAAUAUAUUUUUGCGACAGCUUUGUAUGAAUGUCCACAGUAUGUAUUGUUGGUUUCUUUUCAGGUUCGUGUUGUCCAUGUUCGAAAUGUGUCGCCAAACACCACUGAAGAGACUCUGAAGGGUACAUUCAGUGAAUAUGGUGAAGUCGAAAGAGUCAAAAAGUUAAAAAGUUAUGCAUUUAUCAACUUCAAAGAACGUGAGGCUGCACUGAAAGCGAUUGAUGAAAUGAAUGGCAAAACCAUAGACGGACUUGUUAUUGAUGUAUCAUUGGCUAAACCACCACAAAGCAGAGAAAAACGUCACGGACAGUCUGGUUUCGGGGCAUUAAAUGCCCCUGGGAAGCAACAGCUAGGCGGUGAUAUGAUGGGUCGUGGACGUGGUUAUAUGGGAGGACGUGGUGGUCCAAGAGGACGGGGACGUGGUGGCCCUAGAGGUGGCGGAUAUGGUGGUGGAUAUGGUGGUGGAUACAAUGAAGGGUAUGGUGGUGGAUAUGGUGAUGGUUAUGGUGGUGGUUAUGGAGGUGGUGAUAGUUAUGGAGGUGGUAAUGGUUAUGGUGGCGGAUACAACGAUAGUUAUGGUGGUGGUUAUGAUGAUAGUUACGGUGGUGGUUAUGGUGGAGGGUAUGGUGGAGGGUAUGAUGAUAGUUACGGUGGUGGUUAUGGUGGUGGAUAUGAUGAUGGCUAUGGUGGUAGUGGUGGUGGUGAUUAUGGUGGCGGUUAUGGUGGUGGUAGUCGUGGUGGUGGUCGUGGUGGUCCUCAGAGAGGUCGUGGUGGACCAGGUCCUAGAGGUGGUCCUCGUGGUCGCGGAGGUCCAGGUCCACGUGGUGGGCCACCUGGCCGAGGUGGAAGAGGAGGUCCAGGUCGCGGAGGUCCUGGUGGGCGUGGAGCUAGAGGUGGUCCCAGAGGAGGCCCCCGUGGUGGUGGUCCACAUGUUCAAGGAAAAAGAAAAUACGAUGGUGAAGGAGGUGGUGCAGGUACCGUCAGCUAUCCCGAGCCAAAGAGGCGAUUCAACCAAGCUGGAUCUCAACCAAUUGCACAGCAGCCACUGGAACAGAAUAACCAAGGUUAUGGUGGUGGUGGAUAUGACCAGAAUAACCAAUGGUACCAAGAUUCAUCCAAUUACCAGCAAUGGAGCUAAACUUCUAAAUCAUUUUACAUAAAUUCUGAAUUUUCUUGGUUUGGCUAAACGUUUCUGAAUUUCUACAAUCAGUUGUCUUAGCCAGUAUUUUAGUAAAGAUAAUUGACAUACCAUUUGGCUUGCUUUUUCUUAUGGAAAGUCCAAGUCGUACUGUUGAUGUUUUUAAUUUUAAAUCAUUUUAUUCUGGAAGCAAAACUUUCUACUUUCCGCUGUAUAUAAAAGCACCUGAGGAAUACUGACGUAAUUUUCAAGUACUGAAGAUGAACAAAAACGUUGAUGUUUUUCCUAUAAUUUUUAGCACUGUUUUAGUCUGAAUUUAUCAUGUGUAAAUAAUCAAAUUAUUGUCUUGUUUUGUGUGCCAAAAACUAAGGUCUUUGUCUGCUUUUCAUUUAAUUGUGUUUGCUUUAUUUUGCCUAACCAUUCUAGUAAAACUAAUAACAAUGUGUUUGCUAAUAAAUCAGACCACAUGUUAUGUGGUAUUUUAACAUAAAACAUCCAUCAGGUUUGAACUCCAUCAUCAGAUUAUUUUACAAGGUACAAUAUACAAAACCGUCACAACAUUCUAAUAAAAAUAUAUUGAAUGAAAACUAUUAAAACAAGUUGUUGCAAAUGUCAAUUGGUUUUUAAGUGAGAAAAAAUGAUACAGAAAAAAUAUAAAAAAUACCUAAAAAAGUUGACUAAAUGCUGCAACAGUGGGUAAGUAUGGUAAGUAUAGAUAUUAUUCUUCCUAAAUGUCUACAAUUAAUGUUAGUGUUGAUGAAAGAUAGUUUAGUCAAUAAUCCUGGUAAUAUACGUUUGCCCCGGAACUUCUUUUGUUGAAAAAAUAUGUUAUCUUUCAUUCUAUAUUCUAAUAUGUUUAUAUUUGUCAAGUUUUAAUGAAUUUUGAUGAUUAUGAUUCAUUGCCCUCUUUGUUUUACUUUUUCGUUCAUACGAUAGUCCAAUUCUUCUAAGAUUUUACUUGGAAUAGAUAACUUUUGCUUGCAUGACAAUCAGAUGUAAAUUGACCAAUUCAGAUCUUGUGUCGUGAUAGACUCUGAGGCUGCUCCAUUUACUGUUCGGAGUACUCCGGAUUUUCGGAACACUAAUUAAUCGAACCAAUAAUGGUCACAUGACUGUUCUGACGGUCAUUAGUGUUCCAAAAAUGCGGAGUACUCCGAACAGUAAAUGGAGCAGCCUCCCUGUUUAGCUGGCGGCGUACAAAGAAUUUAUUAUGCACGUGGUCUGAAAUGGUCAAUUUACAUUUAUUGUCAUGCAAGCGAACGUUGUCUCUUCAUAUCGUGCAUGUUUCAUGGAAUAAAUUAAAAUGUUCCAAUGAAUGGUUACUACUUUUUGAAAACAGUUAUGAUGAAAUUUUGAUAACGUGAAUGAAUGUAGGCUGCGAAAAAUGCAGCACAAGGUCCUCUGGUAGGAAUUGAACCUACGCAGCAUUCAAAUAUUAAGACCAAGUGAAGUGCAAGAAACCAGAUCAUUAAUACUAAAUAUACUUUCAUUCUGCAAGAAAAACAAAAAAAUUCUUUUGGAGUUGAUUGGGUAAGGAAAAUGCUAUGCCUCGAAAUAGUGCGUUCAUCAAUUUCAAGUUUAUUUUUGUAAGAAAUCUAAUGAGUUGAAGAACUGUUUCAUAUUUCUUUGACUUCGAUGCUCAUUUUGUUUGGUUCAUAGGUCACAUUUAUUCGGUAUCAAAAGGUCACUUUUAAGGAAUUCGUCUGAAAUCGAAACCGCUUUCCUUUGGUGAAAAUUCUGUAGUAAUCUUUUGAUAAGCAAUCUGCCUAGUACUCGCAAGUCUUCUGUUUCAAUCUUAUUUCAAAUCUGUGUUUUUCGUAAAUGAUUAUUACCUUGAAUUCUUCUAUUGGUAAUCGGUUCCGGUCACUAUAAUUUCGUUUUGGUGGAAGAUUUCUUCAUGAAUUAAUAUUUCUAUCAGUGACCGUUUGUGUUCAAAAUUGAUCUUUCAAACGAUUUCUACCGAUUUCAUUGGUAAUUUUGAAACUUCACUUUCUUUUGGUGGAAGAUUACAUCGGGGCAAUUUUUCGACCUGUUUAGUUUCAAAGAUGUACAAAAAUUCUGGUUGAGAAUUGCUCUGCAAUCUUUCAGAAACGAAUCCAUAUAAAUUCGUGCGUGGAACAUGUCCACGAAAUCUAAAUUGUUCGUAGAUCUAUAAGUCCAAAGCGUCGUCGUCGAUAUGUUUUCCACAAAAUCAAUUGUAUUUAUCCCCACGAACAAGUGACAUACUAAUUUGCGUUCGUUAUUUUUGGUAUAGUUCCUUCUAUUGGAGAAUGGUGAAGCUUGAAUGCAGUAUAAUUACAGCCUUGUAAGUACUAGGUAACGUGUUUUUGUAUUCCAGUGUUUUUGAAAAUAUUGUAUUGAAAUUUCUAAAUAAAUGUCUUUCAAACUUAUUGCGUACGUGUGUUUUUUGUUACUUUUAUUUUGCGUUUGUGUUUUCUUUGGUAGCACGGUGGGUAUUCACGACAGCGAAAACGAAAG